GUCCCCUUAUACAUACAUGGCUAUAAGAUUUCCACUAUAUAUAUGGGCUUACAAAUAGAGAUACCAUAUCAAUAUACGUUUUUCAUAUAUUUUUUUUUAAAAAAAAAAGAAAAAAGUUAAAUCCUUUUUGUUUUUCAUUCAAAUAUGGAAAAUAUGAGUUUGGUGCCAUUAGAGUUACCCCAAAAGCUCACCGAUGGAGAAGGGGGAAGCUACUACGCAUGGAACGACGUCGUAUUCCCCUUUCUAGGUGCAGGGCAGGUUAGUGGUGGCUUGCUUAUGAAUUAUGAUGAAGCCUCGUGGGUUUGCUUUCCCUCAUUAUUCUGAUUGUAGUAAGAUUGGUUAUGUUCUUCAAGGUUCAAAUGGGGUAGCUGGUAUAAUGUACCCCGAAUCUAAGGAAGAGAAGGUAGUCAAGCUCGAAAAAGGAGACACAAUAGUCGUCCCAAAAGGUGUUGUUUCGUGGUGGUUCAACGCCGGAAAUGAUGAACUCAACAUCAUAUACUUAGGUGAAACACAUAACGCUAUCAACCCGGGUAACUUCACUUACGGCCUACUAGCCGGAGCCAUCGGAAUUUUAAAGGGCUUCUCGAACAAAACUAUAGCCAAAGCUUAUGACAUUAACGACGAACAAGUGAAUGAACUAGUUGGUUCCCAAAAAGAAGCUUUGAUCUUGAAGCUUGAACAAGGGUUAACCAUGCCUAAACCAUCCAACUAUGAUUUGACUAUUGAAUUCGACGAGGUUAAACCCGAUUUUCAAGUUAAAAAUGGGGGAUCGAUAAGAUUUUUGACAAGUGAAAAGCAAUCUACACUUGAAGGAAUUAAGAUUUGUGGUAGGCUUUUGAAGCUUGAUCCAAAUGCAAUGUUUGGACCGAUUUACUAUGCACAAGAAUCAGGGGUUGAGCUAAGUUAUGUUACUAAAGGAAGUGGUUGGGUUCAAAUUGUGGGAUUAAAUGGACAAAUUGCAUUGGACACCAAAUUAGAGGUUGGUCAGUUGUUUGCUGUCCCAAAGUUUCAUGUGAUCGCAGUUGGUGCUGGUGAUGAAGGAAUCGAAUGUUUCUCUAUUGUGACAACUUCCAAGCCUAGACUCGCUCAAAUAGCCGGAAACAUGUCAUUUUGGAAAACCAUGUCUCCUCAAGUACUACAAGCUUCUCUCAAUGUUACUCCCAAGUUUUGCGAAUUGUUCAUGGACAAGAUUGAGAACACAACCAUCAUUAUGCCACCAAAUUGAGAGUUUUAUUGAGGAUGAACCCUCCAUGAGUAAUUGAUUAUGUUAUGAAUAUGACUUGUAUGAGAAUUAUCUAAAUAAACUAUCAAUAUAAUUAGUAUGAUAUAUGGGGCUAUGGGCUUGCUUCUCCUAAUAAGGUUCUUAAUUAAUUAGGAAUGAUGCAGCAGGAUAUAAUCUAAUAAAUAAUAUCAUCAUCAUCAUUUGUUUUUUGUUAA